CAACCCGCAGUUUAUCUCUGACGACCGUCCAAGCACGAGAGGCGUAGACGACUUAAUUUUUUUACCAAAAAUAUUUUAGUAUUAUCCAAAAUGCUUAAAUUUUUGAUCCUCGCGGUUGUGGCGGUUGCCGUCGCCGAAUCUCACGAAGGACCCUGCCCAGAGGUCAAGCCGGUUGAGAACUUCAACCUGACAGCCUACCAAGGAGUUUGGUAUGAAAUUUCAAAGCUGCCAAUCGCUUCUGAGGGCAGGGGUGCUUGUAGCCAGGCUGAAUACACAGUAGACGGUGACAUUGUCAAAGUAAAGAACAGCCAUGUUCUUGACGGUGAACUGAAGUUCAUUGAAGGUACAGCCAGGUUUGCUGAUGAUGCUAACAACGCUGCCAAGUUCGUUGUUUCCUUCAAAUUCGGAGAUUUCGUCUCUCAAUCACCUCUGCUGAUCCUGAACACCGACUUCAACAGCUACUCAGUCGCCUACAACUGCAAGUACGAUGAGAAGACUAACUCUCACAAAGAACAAGCCUGGAUCCUGUCAAGGACCAAGACUCUGGAAGGCGAAGCCAAGACCACCGUUGACAACUUCUUGAAGGCAAACCCCAAACUGAUUGAUGUCAGCGAACUUGUCCACACAGACUUCUCUGAGGAGGCUUGCAAAUACACCGAAUCCAGCGUCAUGACUGAACAAACAGCCAAGCCCUAAACGAAACCUAACCAAAAUCUAGGAACGUAAGACCUUAAUAACAUCUUCACCUUAUUUUUGAUGCUAUUGUCCCAUUUCAAACUCUAUUUCUAACAGCAUAGAUAUCAAUUUCUAUUAUCAGUAACAAUGGUGUCAAAAAUGAGUAAUUUAAUUGCGUAUUUAUUAUAUCGUUACUGUGGAAUUCACUGAACGGAAUUGAGUGAAAUGUUCUCGAACGUUUUUAUUUAUUUCGAAUAAAUGUUUCAUUGUGAUAUAAAAAUGAUUUUUACCUACAUAAAUAGAAAUAUCGAUAGUAUUAUAUACAAUGUAUCAGUAAUAUGAGUUUUUUUAUAUUAGCCAAUAUUACCAAAAUCAAAUGACAAUAAAGUAUGUAUAAGUUAAAGGUCUAACGUUUGUGAUAAAAUAGUUUACUGUCUUAUUUAUAAACACUUAAUAACCUAACUAUAACUAUAGAAAUCUUUUGUCACUUAGUUGAAAUUGAUAAAAAAUCUAUAGCAAGUAGGUUUCUGUAUUUAUGAAUGGGACUGUAAGACUAUUCGUCGGAAAAUAAACUUUUCUAUAAAAAUAUUA